AUGAAGCCAGUAGAGACUCCUACUCCCGAUACGGCUAACAACAUCGUCCGUCUCGAGAGCGGCAGCUACACAACUUUAUAUCUCUUUUCCCGGGAACCGAGAACUGCACCGACAUUAAACAUCUCUCAUGACACCAGAAGAUCGAUCUCGGAUGUGAAUGGACAUUUCGAUCACGCUGUUGUAUACAUACAUCUUGUUCAUUUGAUUAGGAAAGUAAAAGAUGCGAGGUCCUUUUUUCUUUAUAUGGAAGCUGGAAGAGCAUUUAACCGCCCGAUAUGGAGUGGACUAGAGCCAGUCGAUUUCCGAUCACGAAGCGCAACGAUCCGUGAAUGGCUCACCGAAUGCGAAACGUCCCAUCCAAACUGUUGGAGGCCUCCGAAGCCAGACGUCCAGUUAGCAACACGUAUACUCGAUGUCCAAGAGCUUGAAACCGACCUUUACUCAAUCAAUCUCGUCUCAACUAAAGGAAUUGACUUGCACAGUAGACCUUACAUCGUCCUCACUCAUGUAUGGGGAGGUAUAGAGCUGCCUUGUAAGACGACUAAGAGCAACAUAGCGAAAUACUAUGACGAGGGCAUUGGUUUUGAUAAUCUUCCGAAGACUUUUCAAGAUGCCGUCCGCCUUACCGUAGCUAUUGGGUUCAGGUACCUUUGGAUAGACAGUUUGUGUAUCAUCCAAGAUGACACAGAAGAUUGGCAGCGAGAGAGUGCCAAGAUGGCAGCAAUCUAUGGUACAGGUACUAUUACUCUCUCUGCAACUAGUGCCGAAAAUAGCCAUGGAGGAUGUGGCCUAUCUCCAAAGAUUCAGUCCGUAACUCGAUUUUGCAGUACUGACCCCGGACGCCCUGACUUUGCCGUCAAGGAACAAGGUUUUUCUCUUCGUCAUCCCUCAAUCACCAGCAGAGGGGAGCUGCAUGAUGAACCGGUUUAUAAAAGAGCAUGGAUACUGCAAGAAAAGAUUCUCUCGCGUCGGGUUCUACAUGCUACCUACUCUCGAUUUGUGUGGAAAUGUAACGUAAUCACGGAGAGCGAAGAUGGCCUUGUGUACAACCAGAAAACAUAUUUGCCUCCGGGUAAAGCAUGGCGUACCUUGAAUAGAGGGUUUCCACAAGAGAUGCGCGAUGGUGGUCAUGAGGAACAAUAUGUCUUUGAGUUCGACUGGCGUUGGUGGAUUUACGCGACCGAUUACUCGAAGCGUGCCCUCACCCGUACGAGCGAUCAAUAUGCCGCCCUGGCUGGAAUUGUACAGUUUCAUCAAGACAUUUCGGGCGAUCGACCUGUGGUAGGUCUAUGGGAACGUCAUCUUAUAAUUCAUCUAGCAUGGGAAGUAAGGCGCGAUACUCAAGAGCAUAAAACGCCUCUAUAUGAGCCAGCUGAUCGUCGCCCAAGUUGGACAUGGAUGACGUUUACUCAUGGCAGCGUUGAACUAAGUCCAUAUUUUGUAUGGAGAUAUCUCGCAAAAAAUGAAUGGACACCAGAAAGUCUGGGUAUGGUGUAUCAAGCCCAAGUCUUGAGCACCGAUAUUAGGUGGAGCAGCGAGCCGUUAACAUCUGACCCGAGCGGCAGCACCGUCAGCAUUCGUGGGAUAAUGCGCCGCAUGCGAAAGCCAAAGCCCGUUCGAACCGCCAUGUAUAGUCCGUUAUGCCUAGACCCGGGAGUGUCUGACGAGAGGGGAGAAAAUGGCGAAUAUGACACAAUUGCUCUCUUCGCCUAUGGGCUUAGACCGGGUUUGACGAACCAAUCGCCAGUUGUAACGACUGUGUACUUAGUUGUUGAAGCGAUAGGGGAGAAACACGCAAGCACUUACAUGCGCAUUGGGUCGAUGCGUCUGACGGAAGAUUUUGAUUUGUAUAGUGGCCGAGUAUAUAGGCCUGAAGGUGUUGCAAUGGACAUCACCCUUGUCUAG